AUAAAAUAAUUCCAUGAAAUUCAACCCAUAGUCAUCAAUGUAAUACAGUAGUAACGAUAGAAUUGAGCGGAAAAUGGACAAGAAAAGUAGUGUUUCCGGUGAAAAUGGUGAUGGGUGUUCGUUUCCGGUGAAGCUCGGUGAUUGUUUAGAAGAACUUGUUAGGUUCAGUUUCAGUUCUUGCACUCACCAUCUCAAUCUUUCUUCCCAAUUCUGCUCCACCCUUCUCAAAGAUGACCCAACAUACCCAUCAUCCUCACACUCACAAUCACAACCAGAUGAUUCUUUGGAAGGAGUGCCACCGUAUCCCUUGUACAAGCGUCUGGCUUCAGCUCUGUUGAGGUGUAUUGAUUCUGGAACGUUUUGUAGGACUGGCAGCAAUUUAGCCAUGGGCCAUGAAUUUGAAGAUUCUUCCAUACAGCAGAAACAACGAGAGUGGCAAAAAUUGAUUCUGGAGAAGGGGUUUGAAAUUGUAAAUGUUUUGAAGGGUGUUUCCUUUGAACUCCACGUCCAAGAGCCUUUCUUUUCACAGCUAACCGAUGGCCUAAAAACAAUUGAAGGGAGGUGUGCUAGUGGGAAGUGCAAUAGGAUUAAAUCAGGAAAUCUGAUUCUCUUUAACAAGUCUGUGGUGUUCGAAGUUCAGGGAGUAAGACGGUAUCCAACAUUCUUUGCCAUGUUAGAGGCAGAAAGCCUUGACAAAGUUCUUCCAGGAGUUGAAAGUGGGGAAGAAGGUGUAAAAGUCUACCGGAGGUUCUACACAGAGGAGCAGGAACGUGAAAAUGGUGUUCUUGCAAUCAUUGUUUCAAAAUUCACCCCUCAACCCUACGAUUCUUUGGCUAGCUUAUUCUGUGGAUUAAGCUAUGAGGGUGUUCAAGGCCUUCUAGGUCUGAUGCAGACCACAGGAACAAUUUCUGACGCACUACCUCCGCCAAUAUCAACUCUAUUAGCCUCUUUUAAUAUACCCUGCACUCCAAAUGAAAAUGGCUUGAGUCAUGGAGCUCGUGCGUUGGCCAAGCAUGCUUGUAGGAGUGCCAGUAGUUAUUGGGGUUCUCUAAAUGGAAACGAUUCUAAUAAAAAUAGGCUUGCAAAGGAUGCCAUUAACCGCUUAAUAGCACAUUGUUGUUGGCUGAAUGUGCAUAUUGUCCCACCGCAUGGAGUUGUCUUUGAAAUAAGGGUUGCCGAUGGAUAUGGUGCCCGCUGGAAUGAAGAUGGAAGUAAGUUUAUUGGAUUUUUAGAGCCUUACAUGCAAGAUGGUCACUCAAAGGGAUGGAAGCACUAGUUAUGCUAGCUAGACAACAGCAACUGCAGCUUUGUAAUUGAACGUCACAAAUUUUCCUCUUUUAUCUUUUGAUGGAGCUGUGUUAUGGUACAGUAUUUGUUUUUUAUCUCUUGACUAUAGUUAACACUCUAGUCUGUAUCUCAGAGUAAUCUACUUAAGGAGACUUCUGUAUAUAGAUAGAUGAUUUAGUCAGUAUAAAUGCUACUUGUUUCAUCUUGUACUUUUCAGAAGAAGUGUCUGUUUAGCCCAACUUGAUCAUUAAAAGAUGCUGACAAUUUCCAUUA